AUGACAGUGUUGAAGGAACUCUGGACAAAUGAAAGCAUAGACCCCGAAACGAAAACAACCUAUGGUUAUAUGGUGGAUCUUCGACGGAGACUAGAAGAGACUUGUAAGACCGCCCAUGAGGAAUUGAGGAAAGCUCAAAUGACCCAAAAGAGGUACUACGACAAGAAAAGUGGAGUUCGACAACUGAAAGAGGGAGACAGAGUCCUCAUCUUGUUGCCAACGGACAAAAACAAGUUGAUUCUGCAAUGGAAAGGACCAUUUCCAGUAUUAAAAAGGAGGAAUAACGUGGACUACCUAAUAGACCAUGGAAGAAAGUCUACUGUAUUUCACAUCAAUAUGCUCAAAAAGCACGAAGAGAGGGAAGUUCUAUGUGCUCCCCGUCAAGCCCUGGUUGGCAUUACCAUCGAAGAGGAGUCAGAGGAGCAAGACAUUCCUAGUGUCUGCCUUAGCCAACUGGAAGGCUACAACGAUGUACAGAUGUCAGAGGAGCUAACUGAACGACAAGCAGGAGAAGUCUACCAACUGCUAGAAGAAUUUCGAGACGUAUUUUCGGACUGUCCCGGUCGAACCAGUCUCGUACAGUGCAAACUGAGAUUGACAACGGACACACCAAUUCAAGUACGCCCGUAUCCUGUCCCUCUAGCACUGCAAGACGCUGUGGAAAAGGAGGUAGACGAGAUGCGACAACAAGGCAUUAUUGAGAAAUGCGACUCAGCCUACAGUUCACCGGGGCAUGGAAGCUUUGCAGCGAUGAGGUGGCUUAUGUUUUUCGUCUUGCCGCAGGUUAGUAGUCGUAAACCUUGCCACUGUUUUAGGUCGAAUUAUGUUUGCCUAGUUGUGCUUCCAUGCCCCGGAGCUUUUAUUGAAUCUUUUAGAGCGUGUAUUGAAUCUUUCAGAGCUUUGUUGCUUUUGUUGUCUGGGGAUGUAGAGAAGAACCCAGGCCCUAUGAGCAAGCAACAAGAGGAUGAAUUCCUUGCGCUUGUGCAGACGGUCGCGAAACUUCAGAGUAGCCUUGCUCUUCUGCAACAAGAGGUAAACCUACUAACACAGAAAAACAUAGAAAGCGAAAAAUCUGCUUCCGCUCUAGAAGAACGCGUUAUCAACCUAACAACUGAACUCGACUUACUAAAGCAGAAGGAAAUCGGUAACGUCACACCUACCGAACCUCAGCUUACUACAGCUCUAAACGAACUUUCGCAGCUGAAAACUCGUUGUGACGACGCGGAGGGCAGAUCCCGUCGUAACAACCUUCUAUUUUUUGGCGUCACUGACACCGAUAGGGAAACGUGGGCCCAGUCCGAGGGCUUGGUAACCGGCCUGUGUUCCAGCAACCUAGGCGUGAAUAUCGAAUCAAGCAAAAUUGAAAGAGCGCACCGCUUGGGAGCGUUCAAUCCACAGAAAUGUCGCCCUAUAAUUGUGAAGUUUUCAUCAUUUAAGGAUAAAGAGGGCAUUCUUUCGUCGGCAUUUAAGCUCAAGGGAACACGUGUAGCCAUCAGUGAAGAUUUUCCCAUUUCUGUCCGACUUGCGCGCCGUCACCUUCUUGAUUUUGCCAAGCCUAAAGGCACGACUUACAAGCUGCGUCACGAUAAGCUGUUUUUAGAUAAUAAGUGUUAUGUAUAUGACGCCGCUCUUGGUGCCGUGAAGGAAAAAAGUGCAUAGCAAUGCCAGCGUUCAUUUCGU